AUGAGGGAUGAGGAGACGACAGUGCUAACAGUAAAUCGGACAAGCAUAUUUGAUCCAACCUUGGGUGGUGUGAAUACCUUUGGCUUCUUCCAUUGUAUUCUUAUAAGAACAAUCACUUCUAAUGGGAUGCUCACCGAGAACAUGACAUUGUUCGAUAUUCCUCUUCUAGCUUUUGUUAUCCAGAUACUCAUUAUGGUCAGCAUAACACAUGUCCUGAUUGCCGCACUCAAGCCUCUUGGUCAACCCAGAAUUGUUGCGGAGAUAUUGGGAGGUUUCUUGUUAGGGCCCUCAGGGAUAGCAGGGAUUCAGUUGGUGCCAGAGGUUUCUAACUUGGGAAGUGUAUUAUUCCAAGGGAGGUAUUUUGUCAUGAUAGAUAGUUUUGCCAACUUGGGUAUCAUAUACUUCUUCUUUCUAGUUGGCCUUGGUACAGAUGCUAUUGCUAUUAAGAGGGCUGGAAGGACUGCUUGCUUGAUCGCCAGUGUCAACUUUGUUGUUCCAUUCAUCACUGCCAUUGCCAUGUCUAGCUAUUACUUUGCUGAUAAGGAAUUUACUUAUUCUCACCACAUUCUACCUGCAUUUAUAUCGUCUAUGUCCUCAGCUCCAAUUCUAUCUCGUAUAUUAGCAAACACUAAGCUUCUCCAUACUGAAGUUGGCCAGUUUGCGACAUCGACUUCAACUUUUAGUAAUGCAUAUUCAUGGGCUUUCUUUGCUUUCUUUUGCUCCAUCACUAACAAGAAGAUUUAUCAUCCUCAACCAAUAGGCAGUUUGCCAUCUUCCCCUACAUGGGCUAUCUUGUUGGUAAUUGUUAUGGCCGCCAUAUUUACAACCUUUUGCUUGCUAGUCGUGCGUCCUGCAAUAUCUUGGCUUGCUCGACAAACAAUGGACGCUGAGGCUCCAAGCACCACCCAUCAGAGCAUAGUCCUUGGAGGAGUCUUGAUAGCUAGUUUGGUAUCUGAUGCCAUUGGAAUUCAUCCUGUGUUUGGAGCAUUUAUUUAUGGUCUUGCUAUACCAGAUAGUCCUCUAUCUUCUACUGUUAUUGAUAAUGUAGAUAGCUUCGUCCACACUUGGAUGCUUCCUAUCUUCUUCUGCGCAAUCGGACUAAAGUCAAACAUAUAUACAUUAAUCCAGGCUUCACUUGAUAUUACCAGUGAGAUUUAUAAGAUUGCUGCUAUCUACAUCAUUUCAAGUGUGAUGAAGUUCGUCGCCACUGCUAUUGUUGGGCUUGUGUAUAUGAUGUCUAUGCCUGAAGGCCUUUGCCUUGGCUUUUUGGCUAACACCAAGGGGUUUUUUGAGAUGCUUGUCCUCUAUAUUGCAAUGGACAGAGCUCUCAUCACUACAGAGGUACUAACAAUGAUGGUGCUCAUUACAGUAGCAAUAACAAUAAUAGUGUCCCCAAUGGUGUCCAUGCUACAAAUGCCAUGGAAGCAACGACAAUUCGUAUACAAGAGACGUAAUCUACAAAAGUCUAAGCCAGAUACUGAGCUCCGGAUGCUAGCAUGUAUCCAUGCAGUUCGCAAUGUGCCAUCAAUCAUUGGUCUUCUUGCAGCAUCCAAUCCUACCAAGCGAUCACCAAUCUUUGUAUACGCUCUUCAUCUUAUGGAGCUUACUGGUCGUGCCACAAACAUGCUCAUUGUUCAUAAUAUGAAUCCAAAGGGUGGGCAAAACCAACGUAGAACUAGAGGCCAAGCACAAUCUGAAACCAUUAUUUCUGCAUUUGAAAGUUAUGAGCAACAUGCUGGUGGUGUCUCGGUUCAACCUAUCACUGCUAUGUCCCCUUAUACAUCCAUGAAUGAGGAUAUAUGUGCUAUUGCUGGGGAUAAGCAUGUAUCUCUCAUUAUCCUGCCUUUCCACAAGGAGCAAUCACUUGGUGGAGGGCUCGAGGUCACCAACCCAUCCAUUCGCUCUCUUAAUGAACGAGUCCUAGCUUAUGCUCCAUGCACCGUGGGUAUUCUCAUAGAUCGUGGCCUUGGAGGGACUGCCAAGUUUGCAAUGGCUGGGCAUCAUGUGGCUCGUCAUGUUGCAGUCAUUUUUCUAGGUGGUGUUGAUGAUCGUGAGGCACUUGCAUAUGCUUGGCGAAUGGCAAGCCACCCAGGAAUUAGCCUCACUGUUCUUCGACUUAUUCCUGGAGAAAUGACAAACUCUAGAGUGAUAUCUAAAUCCGAGAAGCAUGAGACCUCCCAACAUGAAGUGAGAAUUAUCAAUGUUGAGGCUGAGAGGGAGCAACAAUUGGAUGAUGACUUUGUAAAUGAGUUUCGACUAAAUAAUGCAAGGGAUGAGACAGUGGUGUACAUGGAGAAAGUGAUUAACAAUAGCGAGGAAACAAUGGAGGCCGUUAGGUCUAUAGAUAGCAUCCACGAUCUAUUUAUUGUUGGAAAGGGAAAUAGAAAGAUGACCAUAUUGACAGACGUGUUGGAUGAAAUUAGUGUGUCCCAAGAGUUGGGGCCAAUUGGGGACUUUUUAGCAUCGUCAGAAUUGGGAAGGGUGGUAUCGGUAUUAGUGCUCCAUUAUAAUGUUGAAGGAUCCUCAUCAUUCCAAAUAUUUUCUUCAGCAGUUGUAGCACCUGUGAUUAAGAGCCCCAAACACAAAAGCACAAGUUCUCUUAAUCAAGUUCAUCAGCCUAGCACACAUAGUUGGGAUAGUAAUGUAGAUUGGGAUGCAAGGGUGUGA